AUGUCCGAAGAAGAAUAGUAAGGCCUUUAAAAGUUGCUGCAAUCAAAUUUAAGAGGUGUUAAGAAGAAUUGUUGUGAAUAUCAAUUUUAAAUAUAACAAAAACUCUUUACAGCGAACAUUUCCUUGGAGUAAUCUCAAAAAAUUUUAAUCUUGAAAAAAAUCGGUGUCCUACAACGAAAACUUUCAGUGUCAAAAACCUUUCUAGUUAAAAAUAAAGCUUUAGGAACAUAAAUUAUUACAUGGCAAAGAACACCCCAAAACGUUAACUGAAGAUAGUAAAAUUUGAUGUUGCAGCAGCGAAGAGGAGUACGAGGAGGAGGAAGAAGAGGAAGUCGCCGCCACACCAGCUGCGUAAGAAACUAGUCCGUAACCGGAAAAUUUAUUUUACAGCGCUCCAGCUGAGCCAGAAGCCGCUGCUGAUGAGCCAGAAGAGACUGAAGAGGCCGAGCCAGCCGCGCCAGCGCCACCUGCUCCCGCUGAUGACGAGCCCAAGAAAGAAGAGGCUCCGCAGUAGGUUUUGACAUUCAAUGUAAAAUAUUGGAAUAGUUAAAAAUUUAUCUAAUCUCGCUGAUUUUUAAACUCAAAAACUUUAAAACCGCGUUAUGUAGAAUUUGAAAAAAAUUGUGUUUCUGCAUAACGCUUUACCGUACUGUUACAAAACAUCAAAGAAAUUCGUCUUUAAAAUCGUUUUUUGUUUCCUUUUAUCAAAUUCGAACAUUUACCAUCAAAAAUUAUGCAAAAUUUCAUUUUUGAAUAUUCAAAUUUUUCAUUACUAAAAUUUGUAAACAACCAAUUUUCUGCACGUCCAAUUUUCAGACUGCGGAAAGUGGAACGCAAGCAGGAAGAAGCUCAGCCAGAAUCCCUGACCGAAGCCGAACAAGCCAUGUUGGCUGCCAAGAAAAGACAUGAAGAGGAGGAGGCUGCGAAACUCUUGGAUUACGAAGAACGUCGCAAGCUUGAGCGUGAACAAACCGAGCGCGAACUGGAAGAGCUCCGUCAACGUCAGGCCGAACGUCGCGCUGAAUGGGCCAAAGAAGAGGCCGAGUUCGCGGCUCGUCGUCGUCAAGAUGAUGAGAGGCGCAGACAAGAAGAGGUGAGGAAAAAAAGAAAAAAGAAAUACCUAAUUUGUUGCCCUAACCAACUCUCUUUCUUCAGGAAGCCCGCAAGGCCAAGAGCGAAGCCGACCGUCAACGUCGCGAGGAGGAACGUCAACGUCGCGGUAACAUGAUGGCUGGAGCUUUGUUGGCUGCCGCUAGCGGUGAGAAGCCCGGCCGAAACUUUGUGGUCGUCAAGAAGGAGCGCUCCGCCACUGAGACCUCCGACACCAGACCCCGCAAGCCCGGAGGAAAAACCGCUGAGCAGAUUGCUGAGGCCAAGGUAAGCGAGGGGUAUCUUAACGGUCAAAAAAACGGGGUAGAGCAUUAAAAGCUGGCCACAAGAUUAGUAUUAUAUGUAGAAACAGUUUAGAAAGCACUCCUUCUGAUAUUAUGUGUCCCGAAGAUAGCCCUGUGGCUUCUAAAAUGUCUGAAUUACCUGCAAAACCAUUGAAUUUCAGCAACAAUACCUGUCCGUCGUUGCUCGCCCAGUCGACGUCUCAAACCUGUUGCCAAAUGACUUGAAGAACAAGAUCAAGCAGUUGCAUGCCAAGAUUGUCAGACUCGAAUCCGAGAAAUACGACCUGGAGAAGAGAAAAGAUCGUCAGGAAUACGACGUAAGUUCUUCAUCAUGCCUAAAGUACCUGAAUGAAAUAAAAAUUAACUUUGCAUUUAAAUCAGCUCGAAAAUUUGAGUUCGACCACAUAAUUUAUGAAUUAUUUUAGCUGAAAGAGCUCAGCGAGCGCGAAAAGCAAGCCUCGCGCAAGAAGGCCAUCAGCCGAGGACUGGACCCUGACCAGAUUGCUGAUGCCUCCAACUCCGUGAUCCCACCAAAGAUUAUCGUUGCCUCCAAAUUCGAUCGUCAAACCGACCGUAGCAGCUACUCCGACCGCCGUGAAAGAUAUGAAAAGGUAAGACGACUUUUCUGCGGGCUUCCUGUUGUCCAAUAAACUAAGCGUUCAUUGAAAUUAUUCCUGAAGAAUCACUGAUUUUUCCAGGACCUUUUAAACGUUUACGAACCUCGAGUAAUCAUCAAUAACUUCCCAAAAUUUCAGCCAGUUGUCAAGCCUCCUCCAUCCAUUGCUCACGGAACCGCCAAGCCUCCUCCAGAGUGGGGCCGCAAGACCAACGACGAAUUGGAAGCGCUCCGCAAGAACUUGGAGCCCUUCAAAUACAUCGAGCAUGAGAAGGUUGAAGGAGCUCGUCCUCCAGUCCAACCAAUCCCACUGCAAUUGCCCACUGAUGACGUAAGUGUGGUCUAUGUUACAUCGCCAUACAUAGUAUCUCUGGUAGCCCUAAAAUUUAACUCUGUCACGAUAGACGAAACUUAUCGUAUUUCAUAACAAUCUCCCGUCUAGUAUUCACUCCAAAUUUUCUGGAUGAAAAAUCAGCCACCUUUUGAUUUGCCUACCUACUUGAUCUACAGCCUCCCUUUUUAUAUUAUCCAUGGGACUUGCUGCUAAAUUAUCUUUUGUUUUUUUUUCAGUUCGAGACAAGUGCGCCCGCAGAGCCGGAACCGGUGGCCGAGGAACCGCCCAAGCCUGCACCCAAAGGCCGUGCUGGCAAGGUCUAG